GAAGAUGAUGAUUGUGGUGGUGUGUACGUUCGCAACCUGCUGGCUGCCCUACCAUGUCUACUUCCUGCUGCACCAGUUCUUUCCUGACAUGUUUGAAGAAAGGUUCAUCCAGCAGGUUUACCUGGCCAUCAUGUGGCUGGCUAUGAGCUCCACCAUGUACAACCCCAUCAUCUACUGUUGCCUCAAUGACAGGUUUCGUGCUGGCUUUAAACAAGCCUUCCGCUGGUGUCCCUGUGUCCCACGAAGUUCUUACGAAGGCCUGGAACUCAAGUCCACUCGCUACUUUCAGACCCAGACAAGCGUUUACAAGGCCAGCCGGAUGGAAACCACCGUAUCCACUGUUCUCCAAGUUGGAGACAACAUGGAGCAGCCCAAGGUCAAGGCAAUAGCAGGUCCAGGGCCUGAUGGGGUUGUGGUCGGACAUAGCUCCUCCCUGGACCUCACCUCUAAUGGGUCAUCGUCCCGAAGCAUCUCCAAAACAGUGUCAGAGACAUCAAGUUUCUAUUCCAGUAACAACCUGCAGGAACAGACCUCAAACACAGCGGAGACAGAGUCUGCUGUCAGCGUUUGGGAAGCUCAGCCCGCCACUGCAUCUGCUUCCUGUCAUUUUCCAUACCAGUGCAGAGAGAUUCAGCGAGGGGACUUGCACUGA